AGUACAUAAACGACAAUACUGACGAGUAAUAUGUACGUACUAUUUAAUAUUUUGUUAUCGAAUAGCAACAUAUCAAUUAUUCAAAUAUUAGUUCUCGAUCAGUAAAAUGUUUAGAAUAAGUGUGUUAGUUGUUCUGAUUUGUUCUAUGGUAACUACGGAAUCUAAAUACAUUGGAGGUUAUUACGCAUCAAGUGCAUUAAGAACUUUGGACGUAUCCGAUAUAAAUCCGUUUCUUCUAACUCAUAUUUACUACGCUUUUGUUACAGUUUACUCUAAUGGGACACUAUCAAUACAAAACGAAGCCAAAGGAUUUGUAGAGCCCUUAGCAGAACUGAAAUCCAUCAAUCCAGAUCUGAAAGUAUUGUUCACUUUAGUACAGACUAAUAAAAGCUUAUCUGAUGUAGUUUCUAAUAAAGAUUUGAGAACAACUCUUAUCCAAAAUGGAUACGAUUUGGUCAAGAAAUAUAACUACGAUGGAAUUGAUAUCGACUGGGAAUAUCCGUCUUCUAAGGAUAAAGAUAACUUUAUGGUGUUUCUGCAAGAACUAUCCGAGGAAUUCCACAAACACAAUUAUUUAGUUACUGCUGCUGUCUGUGCAAUACCAACAGCAAAAUAUGGAUACAAUGUAUCAGAAAUGGCUAAAUACUUAGACGUAAUCAAUAUAAUGACGUAUGACUUUUACGGUGCAUGGAGUGCGCAUACUGGACUUAACUCAGGCUUGUAUGCAUCAUCGUUGGACAGUGGUUAUGAGAAAAAAUACUUAAAUGUCAAUACGUCAGUGAAUAAUUGGGUUAGCUCUGGAACCCCAAAAAAUAUACUGGCCUUUGGCGUGCCUUUUUACGGAAGGACAUUUAAUUUGACAGAUCCAUCCAGUCAUGGCAUACAUUCAAAAAGCAAAGGCGCUGGUAAAAUUAAGACUCCAACAUUCUAUCAGAUAGAGAAAUACUUCGCUGACUAUACUGACGUUUGGGACGAUGAACAAAAAGGAUACUACAAAUAUUUGAACAGCACAUGGCUGAGUUACGAUGAACAAAAAUCAGUGGCACUAAAGACCAAGUACGCCUGUGAUCAGGGCCUAAAAGGUCUAUUUGUUUGGCACUUGGGAGCUGACGAUGUCAAAGGAGAAAUAUCCGGUGUGAAUCAGACUUUACUUCAAACUAUCAACGAUUCUUGGUGCUAAGAUAAAUGCAUUUUUUUCAAAAAGUAUAUUUUUUGCAUAUUUACUUUGUUAUUUAAGUAGUUAAAAAGCCUCAGGUAAAAAAUAUCGUACGAUAAUACCGUAUGAUCGAAAAAAAUGGCGUCCAGUUGGCUUGGAAAUGACGAUCGAUGACAUUUCCUAUAUAAUUUUACAUAUAAAAUGACAGCGAUCUUCAUUUCAUAGCCAUCGCUGACGCCGUUUUUAUUCGAUCAUACGGUAUAACUUUCACUUAAAUAAAAAAAAAUUGUCACAAAUGUUUCAAUUACACAUCAGGGAAACCGAUGUUGGAAAUGUACAGGGUGUUUCAAAAAACAUAUGCCAUCUGUCGUGGGCAAAGAUAUUUAAACUCGGUUAGGUUAGGUUAGGUUAUUUGGUAUGGUUAUAAAGGGAGUUUAAAUAUCUUUGGUCGUGGGUAGAUUCCUCACAUUUAAAUAAGACUUAUUUUUCAUAUCAACAUAGGGCCGAUUCUGCUUUGUUUCGUAGCUACAGGGUGUUAAAGUUUUAAUAAUCUUUCGAUUUAUUAUAAUAUUUAGUGAUUUGAAUGAAAUUUUUACACUCUUUUAUUACAAUAAUGUAAAAUUAUCUAUAACAAAUAUUUUGUAUAAAUUCGUCUUUAAAUAAAUAUCUAUUAAUAUAAUACAUAA